UCUAUAAAAAGCCUGCAGCGGGACACACGGACACUUUCCACGUCAGUCAGUCGGACAGUCAGACGAUCAGAGACUCUCUUCAGACUCAGUCAGGAUGUCUAUCACUAAGAUCCAUGCUCGGGAGAUCCUGGACUCCAGGGGAAACCCCACGGUGGAGGUGGACCUGUGGACAGCCAAAGGUCUCUUCAGGGCAGCUGUUCCCAGCGGUGCAUCAACUGGAGUCCAUGAAGCUCUGGAGCUCCGUGAUGGAGACAAGAGCCGCUACCUGGGCAAAGGUACCGUGAAGGCUGUGGAUCACGUGAACAAGGACAUUGCCCCCCAGCUGAUUGCUAAGAACUUCAGCGUUGUCGAUCAGGAGAAGAUUGACAAGUUCAUGCUGGAGUUGGACGGCACUGAGAACAAAUCUAAGUUUGGUGCUAAUGCUAUCCUGGGCGUGUCCCUGGCGGUGUGUAAGGCUGGAGCAGCGGAGAAAGGAGUUCCUCUUUACCGCCACAUCGCCGACCUGGCCGGGAACAAGAACGUCAUCCUGCCGGUCCCGGCCUUCAACGUGAUCAACGGAGGGAGCCACGCUGGGAACAAGCUCGCCAUGCAGGAGUUCAUGAUACUUCCUGUCGGCGCCGCCAACUUCCACGAGGCCAUGAGGAUCGGAGCUGAGGUCUACCAUAACCUGAAGAACGUGAUCAAGGCUAAGUACGGGAAGGACGCCACCAACGUGGGAGACGAGGGAGGCUUCGCCCCCAACAUCCUGGAGAACAAUGAGGCUCUGGAGCUUCUGAAGUCAGCCAUCGAGAAGGCCGGCUACCCCGACAAGAUCAUCAUCGGGAUGGACGUGGCGGCGUCCGAGUUCUACCGCAGCGGGAAGUACGACCUGGACUUCAAGUCACCUGACGACCCCGCUAGACACAUCAGCGGAGAGAAGCUGGGAGACCUGUACCGCAGCUUCAUCAAGGGUUACCCCGUCCUGUCCAUUGAGGAUCCAUUUGACCAGGACGACUGGGAGAACUGGUCCAAGUUCACCGCCUCUACAGACAUCCAGAUCGUAGGAGACGACCUGACCGUGACCAAUCCCAAGAGGAUCCAGCAGGCGGUGGAGAAGAAGGCGUGCAACUGUCUGCUGCUCAAAGUCAACCAGAUUGGCUCCGUCACCGAGUCCAUUCAGGCGUGUAAGCUGGCCCAGAGCAGUGGUUGGGGUGUGAUGGUCAGCCAUCGCUCCGGAGAGACUGAAGACACCUUCAUCUCUGACCUGGUGGUCGGACUCUGCACCGGACAGAUUAAGACUGGUGCUCCCUGCAGGUCAGAACGUCUCGCGAAAUACAACCAGCUGAUGAGGAUCGAGGAGGAGCUCGGAGACAAGGCCAAGUUCGCCGGCAAAGACUUCCGCCACCCAAAAGUCUAACUGAAGCUUCAUCCUGUCGCCGUGACAACUGACUGACAACUGAUGACCCUGAAGCCCCCCCCCCUCAUCCACUGUAGGAGGGGUGGGGAGUGGAGGGGGUUUAGCUGUAAUUCCAUUAAGAUGUUUAUUAUAUAAAACACAAUAAAGACAAAAUAAUCAAAUGUCA